AUGUCGAAGGGUUAUAGCCAAGCUGACUCCGACGAGAUCGACGUCUUCGAGGCAACAUGGUACUUCUCCGGCGGAAUCGAUGGCGCAGGCCUCGGCCUUCAGAGAUCCAUGAGAGAAGAGAGACUGAUCAGCUGGGGAGGAGAUAGGAGUUUGGACACACUUGCAAGGUCCACCAGACUUCCACAGCAGUCCAAAAAGGUUGAGAACCAACGCAAUGACAAGAAGAGCAGACAGCCCAGCUCGGCCGGUCGUAGGUUAGCUAGCUUCCUCAACUCUUUCAUCAAGCAAGCCAUCUACAGGAAGAAAUCAAGGGCUCUCAACCCCACUGAGUCAGAGGAGGACGCAAGUUUUGAGAAGAUGCAUGCAGGGAGGAGAAAAGGUAGCAUCAACUACUCCCAGCGCAUGAAGAGAAAUGACUCCAGCAUCCUGUGUUCCACGGAGCGUUGCUGCAAUAGCAAGUCUAGUGGGCACCAGAAAUAUGCUCCUUUCUGCUCACAGAGAGAACUUGGGUACGAUAAGAGGGUAAUAGAUGAGGAUUGGCUGGUUGAGAGAGCUAAAUCCAUGGAUGGUUAUCCUGAGAACAAAUGGCUAACUAGUAAAGCUGGUAAUCGGCUUCUUGACAAAGAAGCAUUGUGGAGUGAAGAGUUCAUGAAGAAGCAACACAAGUGGUUCAGGAGGACAGAAGAGGAGGAUCGGGGAGGGAGUGAAUCCAGCUCUGAACUGUUUGAGCUGAAGAACUAUGAUCUGGGGAAUGUUGCCUUUCGUUGA